UCCAGAGGACAGAGUCAAUUAAAGGCAUAAUGGUACCAAUUGGCUCAGACCGACAUAUAUGCAAAUGGAGCAAAGCAUUCAGAAACAUGCCUUGUCUUAGGUUACUCAUUGUCAAAGGGGAGGAGGUCCGGCAUCAUGACCCUAUAUGUGACCGUAUUGAGUGUCUCCCCAGUAACUUGAAAUGGCUGGAUUGGUCAUACUACAGUUUUGAAUCUUUACCAGCAGAUUUUGAACCAGGAAACCUUGUUGGGCUCAAUAUGACUUUUAGUUCUCUCGUUGAAAUUUUCAAGGAGCCAAAGGCAUUUGACAAGUUGACAAUCCUCAAUUUAAGUUUUUCAGGAAAUUUACUCCGAACACCCAAUUUUUCGGAGACUCCAAAUCUGCAGAGGAUUAUCCUGAAAAGUUGUAUAAGCUUGGUAGAAAUUCAUCCAUCCAUUGGAAAUCUCAAAAAGCUUAUCUUUUUGAAUAUGGAGAACUGCAAAAGUAUCAAGUCUUUACCAAGCAGUAUUCAAAUGGAAUCUCUUGAAAGCUUCAACCUCUCAGGUUGUGAGAAAUUAGAAAAAUUUCCCGAAAUUCGGGGGAAUAUGGAAUUGCUAUCAGAGCUCCUUCUGGCACGUACUGCAAUUUGGGAAUUGCCCUCAUCAGUAGGACAGCUCAGUGGUAUCAGCUUGCUUGAUUUGCGUUCAUGUCAAAACCUUGUAAGACUCCCAGCCAGUGUCUCUGAGAUGAGAAAACUGAAAAGUUUGACUCUGAAAGGCUGCUCAAGACUUGCAUUCUUUCCUGAAAAUCUAGGUGAUCUAAACCAGUUGGAGGAGCUCUAUGCUGGCAACACUUCCAUUUGGAAACUACCAGAUUCUAUUGGAAACUUAAGCAAACUUAAAGUCCUAUCGUUAAGAAGAGGGCGGAAGGUAAAGCGUCAAUGUGCUGGCAGUUUGAUAUUACCCUCUGCCUGGGUGUUUCAUGGUUUGAGGGAAUUGAAAAGCUUAGAUCUCAGUGGAUGCAAUUUAUGUGAUAACCAAACUGCUGCUCUUAUGAACUUCCCUUCUUUAUUGGAACUGAAUCUGAGCAGAAAUAAGUUUAUUUCUUUACCUGAUAUCUUCAGUCGACUUUCUCGCCUUCGAUAUCUCAACAUAACACACUGUCAGGAACUUAAGGAACUUCCCAUACUUCCUCCGAGUAUAGAGGAAUUAUAUGCAGAAGACUUUUUGGCAAAACAAAGCAUUGUAAAGCUACCAAUGUACCCUCGGUUGAAUUUGGUCUCCUUCACCAACUAUAGUUUUGAUCAACAAUCUUAUAGAGAGGAGAGCAAUGGUAGCUCAGUUUUGGAUGAGAUUUUCAGUUUGUUUCUCUCAAACAAUAUGGAUGAUGUGAUCCGCCCCUCUCUGAACUCUGAUCACAGGGUGACUUGUUCCAUUGUCUUUCCUGAAUGUGCAAUUCCCACUUGGUUUAAGCAUCAGAGUGUUGAGGAAAGGAUCUUGUUCAAACUGCCCGUUAAUUGGUACAAUGAUAAGUUCAAGGGCUUUGCUAUAUGCUGUGUGACUCUCAUGGGAGCAGGUGUCUGCAAUCCUGGUUCAGGGCUAUCUGAGAAGUAUGACUAUGCUUUCAUCAAAGCCAAAUUGAUAUGCAAUGAUCAUUUGAAAGACCUUAAAGUGAUAGAGAAAGAAUGUCAAGUGGGCACAACAUCUAGAACGUAUGGCUGGUGUGUUUGCUUUGCCUACAUACCAUUGUAUGCUUCACUGCAGAUGUCCCAAGAUAGAUUGUGGGAGCAUUAACCAGUAUGACUUAUUUGAGGCAUCUAUCCAUGGGCGCAUUGUGAGACAGUGGGGAGUUCAUUUGAUCUAUGAGGAUAGAUUGAGAGCAGACUGCAGAACGAACUUCUUAAGUAGUUGGCUUGAGGCCACGCUAGCUGAACUAAAUUAGCGCUAUAUACCAAGCAAUUGAGGUUAAGAUGUGAGGGACCAAAGAAACAACACCUGGCAAAUCUAAAGGGCACUGCUGAUUUGCAAAAGGUAAAGAUGUGGAGGGAGGGUCUUACUCAAUCAGCAAGUACAUCAGGAUGGGAUGUGCUAAAUACAGCUAAUGAGUAAGUUGAAAGCUAAAUUAUUCGUUCUUCGAUGGACUUGCUCUGCAACUUUUUUAUUCAUUUCUGAAAUAGAUUGAUUUAUUCGAUAA